CUGGCUGUAGCGGCGCCGGCUCGGCGGGACCCUCCCGGGUCCGCUCCCCGCCAGCAGGGCCGAGCCGGGCUCCGCGCCGCAGAGGGACGACGUGGCAGCACCGACGGCGCGGGCGGGCGCCAGAAGCUCCCCCACACAACGCUGGAUCGGAACUGAACUUCCUGCCCUGAGACGUCGAGGUCCAAAUUUCAUGGCUUUGCAGGGGACGUGAUCUACACUUUAUUUUUUGCCUUCGUUUCCAAAACCGUCUGAUGUGAACAAGUAUUCUUUGGCACUUUGUAUGUUAGCGCCAAGAUUUGCACAACAGCAGAGCCAUUUGGACAGUUUCAUCGGUGAUUUUUUAAUCCUUUUUCUUUUCUUUUUUUUUUGCUUCUUUAUUUAAUUCAUCAAACUGAAGAUUUUGUUCUUCAUCCAGAUCAGAUGCAGCUUAUUUUCCAAGUCACAUAAACACAUGUCCUGUGAUGGAGUCGUGUUUCCGUUGUGUUAUAAAAUACUAAAAAGUUCUACCAGAAUAUUUUUAAACAGUGUUAAUUUUCAAGGCAACUGGAUUGACAAGUCAACAAACAAUAUGCCAUGGACUACUAAAAUUUCAAAUAACAUAACAAUGCAAGUGACUAUUUUGUAAUAAUUUCGCCGCAAAUAAGAAAGACUUGCAAGGUGUCCCCAGUUGUCGCAGACUAAUCUAUUAGAUGCUGAUUCCUACAAUCUAUUUUAAACUAGCGAACAAUGGAAUUGAAACGAGUGGAUUUUAAAUGAAUGAGCCCUCCUCCCCCCAGUUCAGUGAGUGUCCUUUUGUGGCUUUGCGUAUUUUAGGAAAUAAUCUUCUAUGAAUUAUUUGAGAAGAAUUAAAUAGAACAAUGGCAGUGCAGGCACUGCAGGUGAAAACAUGAAUUGUAUUUAUUACAUAAAGCUAUAUUUUCUUCAUAAUCAAAUACCCCAGAAGAAAAAUAUGGCCGGAGCAUCUCAGGUCUAUAUUUUCUUUGGUGCACCUAUUCUUUCAACUUCACUAAAGGCAGCUAAUAAAGAGAGUUUUUUAUCCACCACUGCUGAACCCUGGAGAAAGCUCCAUCUUUCAUUUACGGAAGACACCGUUAAGCCUUGUACUAGAAAAUACAAGGAUCCUGAGCAGAUAAAAUAUCCUAUAACCAAUGAUGCAGCGUUGUCUUCCUGCACACCAAGCUUUGAAAAGAAACAUGGGUCAGUUGAUGGUUUUUUGGUGGACCGGGUGAAUAAUGCUAUGAACAAUGAAAGUAAGGAGACCGAUAAGUCACCUAGCCGAAUUCACCACGUCUGUGGAGAUACAGACACAGACAACCAUGUGAAGCAUGUUAGGUAUCAGCAGUUUCCCACUGAUGGAAGAACAGAUGAGCAAUGUGUCAAACUACUGCAAGAGCCUGAAGGAGAUACCAUAAUACAUAACCAUCUUGAUAUUUCUCCUCUGGUUGACAGUCCCCCAAAAGAUCCUCUGAAGAUGCCAGCCACAAAAGCAGGCAAAACGUCAGGAGAACAUGCUAGUGGAACACGGCCAUACAGCCUGGAAACCCCACGACACCCCAGUCCCCAAAAAGUUAGCAGAGGUGUUUCGUCUGUACAGCAGAAGGAUGAGUUAUCACACUUACAGGGUGAUCAUGACAAGUUGUGGGAGACAUGUUGCCCCGACAUAGAGUCAAAGAAACUACCGGGUCCAUGUCCAAGGAUUGCCUUAUCAACACACAAUGAAUUUCUCAGCAUUCUGACCUCAAGUCAAGUUGCUCUCCUUUCAAGAAGGCCUGCUGUAGGACUCAAUGAAAUGGACAUUGACUCAGCAGAGGUUAAGGGGAUGGACUUGGUUGGAUCUUGUAAGGAGAGUGGAGAAGCUGCGGAUAUAGCAGUUCAAUUAAAUGAGAAAGAUGGUGCGUGUUCUAAGGCGCCUGUGAGGAAUCUCAAUCAAGACUACGAGAGUUCUCCUGAACUCUUCAGUUCCGAUAGUGCUUCAAAAGACGGCAGCCUGACAUUGCUGACGAGAGAAAGUAGCUUUGAGAGAAAUUCCAGGGUGUCAGCUGGUCUUUCGUGUUCCCCAGCUGAUAGUAUUAACAAUGGGGUACACAUUCAGCCAUGGAAGAGUGGGAUUCUGUGUUCACAAGGGAGCAACUCACAAAAAGGGUCCUCUAAAAGAUCUCGAGUAUCUGAAGAUGUCUUACCUGCAACGAACUUUGCAGCUGCAGACCAACAGCGAUCAAAGAAAACUAAACUGAUUUAUUCUUCAGUUUUCUCUGUUCCGCAAAUGGAGCAACUGAAAAUAUCGUCAUCGAAGAAAGUUCAGAAGCAGCCAUCGUUGCUUAAAGACUGUGACCGCAAAGGGCGCAAGUAUAAUGUCUUGGUCACAGUGCUACAUCCAUGCCAUAUCAAGGAAAUACAACUGAAGUCAGGAGCGAAAUUAUCCCCCAAUGUCCCCUUGGCUACUAUAGUGGUAUUUGAUCAGUCAGAAAUCCAACGGAAGGUUGUACUGUGGAGAUCAGCUGCAUUUUGGUCACUGACAGUAUUUCCCGGAGAUAUCGUUCUGCUCACAGAUGUUGGCGUGUAUGAAAAUCGCUGGGCUGAGGAGAUAAUGUUGCAAUCAACAUUUACUAGUCAGUUAAUGAACCUUGGGAGCUGCUUAACGAUUCGUCCAAAUGAAUUCUCCAACGUAGUAGACAUUACGGUUCUCCAAGAAUUGCUGGUGUAUGUAUCUUCCAAGCAUGCCUGUUUUCAAGCUCUUCCCCCAAGGGAGCCGCAGACACUCAGCGGCAUACGAAAUGUUCUCCUAGAUCAGCUCCAGGCAGAUACGUUGCUCCACUCCAUAGUGAAAAUUGUCAACAUCACUGUGCUAACAGAAUCUACAUAUAGUUACAGAGGAGCAAAGCAAACAAAAAUUAUUCUAACGGUGGAGCAGGUCAAAGAUCAGCACUAUGCCUUAGUGCUAUGGGGAACUGCUGCAUCCUACGGUCCUCAGCUUCGAGGGAAAAAAGAUCACAUAUGGCAACUUAAGUAUCUGUUUGCAAGACACAACCCUGUCUCGGGGGUUCUUGAAUUGCACACAACCCCGUGGUCCUCCUUCGAGUGUCUCUUUGAUGAUGACAAAAGAGCCAUUGAGUUCAAAGAGAAGUUUGACAAGAGUAUCAAAUCACUGGUGAGAAUGACCAGCCUUCCUGCGUGCCUAGAGGAGAAACGUUCUGGAAUCAUCCAAGUGAGAGCCCACAUCUCGGAACUGAAAUUUGCCAUUGCUUCCUCUCCAUGUGGACAGCUUGUUUUCAACGCGUGCACUUCACUCCAGCACAUCUUUGGUUCUCUUUCUCAAAUCACCUACGCAGGCUGUGCAAAAUGUGGGCUUGAACUUCAAGUGGAUGACAAUCUGAUCUACCAACAGUGCUUUAGCUGCUUGCCCUUGAACAAAGUGAAAAUAUUCUACAGAUCUGCACUGAUGACUGUAGAGGAUGGGGGAUAUAAAGUCUCUGUGCAGGUGGUGCCGCAGCUGAUGGAGAACAUGUUCCUCAACAUUCCAGCUGAUUGGCUGAACAAGACCAUAGAGCCUUUCUUGGAUACAACCUAUGGUAUGAUUGUAGCAGACCUGUGCCACUCCCUGGUCACGGACACCAGAGCAUCCUAUCUUUUGGAAAUGAGGGGUCAGUUUGUUCUGGAUGAAAACAGCUGUCCUUUGGAGAAGAACUUCCACCUGCUGGGUUUUCAUAUUGAUCUCUAAAAUGACAGUUUCUGAUAAGAUGGCUAAGCUACCUCCCCCCCCCCAAGGAAAUAAAACCCCCAGAAAAUAUUUUAAAAUA